GCUGCGGAGGAAACCGAACCGAGCUCGCUGUCUGCCGACGAAGAGACUUCGCUGUGAGACGAACCGUCAGAAAACAACAUGAACACCACAGAAAAGAAGCUGGCGGACUUGAUACGACAACACCCGAACCUGUACGACCAGAGCCGGCAUGACUACAAAGACGUGAUGAGGGGACAUGUGUCGUGGAGGGAGAUCGGGGACGCCAUGGGGAAGUCUGAGGAGGAGGUGAAGCUCAAGUGGAAAAAUCUGCGCGACAAGUUCGUCAAAGCGAAGAAGCGACUGGCCAAGAGAAACUCCCCCCUGCCAGACGACGACGAGAACCCGCUGGAGAGGCCUGUCCCGGUGCUGUUCAACCAGCUGGCCUGGCUCAGCGACUAUGUGAAGCCCAGAGUGGACAGAAGUCUGUGGGAAGCCGAGGAGGUAGCUGGAAGAACAGAUGACCUGGAGAAAGAGCGAGAUAAAGACGAAAAGCCACAGAACAGUUCCCUGCCUGUUGUCAGUACUAAUUUUUGUCACGUGGAGUCCACUCCAACCAGCCAUCGAGAUAUGGGAAUCUCUCUUAAACGCAAAAGGCAACCAGUCGCAGAAACUGAGAUAAGUUCUGCAGAUGCCCUCACCAACCUCAGAGAUGAAGAUGAACUGUUUCUGCUCAGCCUCCUGCCCUCACUGAAGAGGCUCACCAUUAAAAAAAGAAUGGAGGUGCGGAUGAAAUUCCAGCAAGUGCUUUAUGCUGCAGAGUUUGAGGACUAAAGAGCUCAAAAUGCACUGAAGAUUGGUAGGUGCAGCACUUGUUCCAUAUUUGCAACAAUUCUAAAACAUUCAGUGUGUAAAUAGAUUUUUUGUAACCAUUUAACUAUUAAUAUUUAUUUUUGCAUCAGUAUCACUCUUAAAAUAUAUCACAAUAUUGAUCUUUAGCAUUUCCUGUUGUGAGAGUUGAUCAUGCAUUUAUAACAGAAGUGUCUUAUUUUGAAGGUAGCAAUGGAGACACUUACUUUUCGUGAAAUUGGAGUAAACAGAUUUGAGAUGUGCAAUAAAUUCUAAUGCAGUCAGGUACAGUACAGCAGUCCUAUAAUGUCUUUUUUAAAGCUCAUGAUCUGCAAAACUUGAGGCUGUAUGUUGUGAUAUUGUUGCAUUUGAAUGUAUUAUAUGAAAAAUAUGUUAAGUUAUAUAAUGAACUUAAAGUAAUAACAAACCAGAAAAUUAAUUUUGAGCCACUGGCUGUUGAAAUUUUCUACUUUUAUAUUUAUAGAUGAAAACACAAAUGCUAUAAUUACACUGCAGUUUGACUACUUAACAUUGAAAGUCUUUGUCAAGCACAGUUCAUUGUGUUACCAUUGCCAGAUAAAGCCUGAUGACUGAUUGAUUGCACUGUACCAACUCACAAUCAAAAAUAACAACAAAGCAAAUUAAAUUAACAUUUUUGAAUGAAGGAAAGUAUGAAUGCAGCUGUUUCUUCUGUAAUUUUCAACCACGUUCAUCCCAAAAUCACUCUACUUGCCAAAGCUGCCUGAUUAUUUUAAAUAUUUUUUUAUUAAUGAAACCAAGCUCACAGUCUGUACAGAAAUAACUUUUCUUUAUCUUUCUGAGAAGUCAUUUCUACUCUAUAUGUUUUUAAAAUAAAUAUUUUAUUGCUCCA